AUGUUCGCGGCCUUCAUGAAGGAGUCGAAGAGGCAACAGCAUCGACACCACCCGUCCCAACAUCAUCCACAGCAACUCCCCGCCCCGCACCACCACAGCCUCCCCCCUUGCAAGCACGCCACGGCUCCAUUCGACGGCAAUUGCAACGAUGAGAAGAUCAGCGAGAGCGUCAACGAAGGGCAGUACAACUACGGACACGACAACCUAACACCGGCGAAGCCAAAGAACGGUUUAGCCACGUCGCCUAUGGGUACGCUCCACGCCAGAUACCCAGAAUCUGAUGCCCUCUCCGCGCUCAGCACGCAAUGCUCCAGCGGUCUCGGAAACAUUUCUGGUGCCAUCACGGCCGGAUACAUCGAUGUCGGUGUCGGAGCCGCUGUGACCACGUCGCGUAUGGGUGCGCUCGAUGCCGGAGACCCAGAAUCUGUUGCCCUCUCCGCGGUCAACAAGCAAUGCUCCAGCGGUCUCGCGAGCUGUGGAAACAUUGCUGGUGCCAGCAAGGCCGGAUACAUGGAUGUCGGUGUCGGAGCUGGUGUCUCUGCCAUCGACAUUGACGCCGAGAUGGAAAACGCACUAAUCGAGUCGAACGCGGAGGAGGUGAAGCGCACCGCGACGCCCGACUUUGACACGCAAGGAUUCGCGGCCAAGGCACUGGGGCCGGCCCCGACCCCGCCGACUUGCGCCGUCUCGUCACGCGCACCCGCUUCUCAACCCCCCGCACUAUUCAUAUCGGCCGGUCAGAAGGUCUCAUUCACAUUCCUCACCACAGGAAGACAUCACCAAAUCAAUAAUGACAGCGAAUAG